GAAGUAGUAGUAGUAGUAGUAGUGGGGCGAUUAUGGAAGAGGUCUACGUUAUCCUUUGUUAAAUACACGACUGUUCCCUCCUCUUGAGGGGAUGGUUGAGCAGCACAGCCGACGACUCCAUUUUAUUCGCUCUUUUCAGGCAUUAUCUGAGCGUCAUCGACCCAGUCGCCUUUUCAACUGCAACCAGACCGAGCUUCAACUGUUGCAAAGAUGGAGAAGGACACCAAAUACUCGGCCGAGGAUGUUGUAACGCCCAAGGACGACCAGUCUGUUGGUGAAGUUGUCGCCGACCAUGAUCUGAAGCGCGGUUUAAGACCUCGCCACUUGCAAAUGAUUGCCAUCGGUGGCGUCAUCGGCACAGGUCUCUUCCUCGGCACGGCCGGUAACCUGCAAAACGGCGGCCCAGCCGGUCUCCUCAUCUCCUACUGUCUCAUGGCCUCGGUGCUAUUCUCCGUCAUGGUUGCCCUUGGCGAGAUGAUCUCCCAGUUUCCUCUCGCCGGCGGCCAAUUCGCUCUCGCCGACCGCUUCGUCUCUCCAGAAAUGGGAUUCGCCAUGGGAUGGGUGUUCUGGUACGACUACAUAAUCGUGCUGCCGGCCGAGAUCUCAGCCGCUGCCGUGCUGAUCUCGUUCUGGACGCCAGCAAGCCAGGAAGGUUCAACAUGCACGACGGGGGUAUGCAACAAUGCCAUGUGGGUGGGCCUCAUGCUCAUCGUCGUGUACGUCGUCAACUUCGCAGGCACGCGAGUAUACGGCGAGGUCGAGUUCUGGUUCUGCUCUAUCAAGAUCAUCACCAUUGUCGGUCUGAUCCUUGUCGGUAUUAUCAUCUCAGCCGGCGGCGGCCCCGACCACACCGCCAUUGGCUUCAAGUACUGGAAAGAAACAGGCGGGUUCAUGCAAUACGAAGGCAUACCAGGGGCAACAGGACGCUUCGCAGGGUUCUUUAGUACCUUGAUCAGCGCUGCCUUUGCCUUCAUUGGAUCUGAGGUUACUGCCAUCGCCGCUGCCGAGACGGCCAACCCGCGCAAGUCGGUCCCGUCGGCCAUCAAGGGCGUUUGGGUCCGUCUCGUGCUCUUCUACCUUUCCAGCGCAUUCCUCAUCGGCCUCCUCGUCUCCCCCAACGAUCCCUCCCUGAACCUGGGCUCUACGGCCGCCAAGUCCCCCUUUGUCAUCGCUAUCAAGAACGCGGGGAUCCCUAUUUUGCCCUCUAUUAUCAAUGCCGCUCUUCUGACUUCGGCGUGGUCGGCGGGAUGUGCUGACUUGUUUGUUUCGUCUCGCUCGCUCUACGGCCUGUACACUCGUGGCCACGCCCCCGCCUGGGUGGGCAAGACGCGUGCCGACGGAUUACCCUGGGUCUGUGUCGUGAUUGGCGGCGUCCUGGCCCUCAUCUCCUUCAUGGCCAGCGCCAGUGGCUCCGCGGGUACCGUGUUCAGCUACUUCGCCAACAUGACGGCCAUUUGCGGCAUGAUCUCGUGGGCUUGCAUCAUGUUCACCUACAUCCGCUGGUACAAGGGGCUCGCGGUGCAGGGCAUCGACCGGAAGACUCUGGCUUAUAUGGCUCCCUUCCAGCCGUACUUGAGUUAUUACGGCCUGUGCAUGUGCCUUAUGGUUAUGAUAUUUGGUGGGUUCACGGCGUUUGUGAAUGUCUUUGACGUGUCGACCUUCAUCACGACUUAUAUGCCCAUUCCAUUCUUUGUUGUCCUAUUUGUGGGGUACAAGGUCUACCACAAGUCCACGUUUAUCGACUACAAGGAUAUGGACUUUGCGUCGGGGUCGUCAUUUGAUAUCCCUGAUGAGGAACCCAAGAAGGGUCUGUUUAAGAAGAUUGUGGACAACAUCUAAAGCUGUGUGAGAGCGAUGGGGGAAAUUGCUGCCUUGGAUGUGGUGUGAGAAUAAUGUGUUGAUCAACCUGUAAUGUGUAAAUGAUAUCCCAGAAAUAAAUAAUAGAAUAUGUUCAAGUUCAAACAAGCUUUACUGGAGGCUUGAAGCCAAGACGAAGACCUGGAUUCUGACUUGGC